AUGGACUCUGACGACGAGGAGUUAAAAGAUCCAUUAAGUUCCAGUUGUUUUGCAGAAAUGAGGUUGGAAAAGGGUGAAUUAGAUGAUGAUGAACUGACCAGUUUGUCAUGGUUACAGGAAACGGAUUUACUAAAAAGUUUAUCUGUUGAUGAACAGGGUGAAGAUGGACAAAAGGAAAACGAGGCAUUUCCUAAAGUUGAGGGUGGACUAUUACCUCAAACGCACCCACCACAUAUACCAUACAACCCUCAAAAACAUAUAAAUAGUAAACCUCCAUAUUCAUUUAGUUGUCUUAUAUUCAUGGCAGUAGAGGACUCUCCAAUGAAACGACUUCCAGUGAAAGAUAUUUAUAAUUGGAUUUUAUCUCAUUUCCCAUACUUCCAAAAUGCUCCAACAGGGUGGAAAAACUCAGUCCGACAUAACCUAUCAUUAAAUAAGUGCUUCAAAAAGGUUGAUAAAGAAAAGGGUCAGACAAUUGGUAAAGGUUCAUUAUGGUGUAUAGAUCCAGAUUAUAGACCCAAUUUACUACAAGCAUUACGUAAAACACCCUAUCACCCUUAUCAUCAAUUACAGAUGAUGUCAGCUCCCACUACUGUGUCAUUUACAGGGCUUCCAGGUUAUGGGUAG